CUCCGACAAGCAGACCGACCUCUUCGUGCUGAGGCGAGAGAAUGAAUUAAAUAUCUUCCUUGCGGAUCAAAAUGAACCCUACUUUAAGCCCAAAGUCAAAUUACUAUUAAGGGAUGUUGUGAUAACCAGUGUAGUUCCUGGUGAUUACGACGGUGACUCACAAAUGGAUGUCCUUUUGACGACUCGUCCACAAGAACAGCCUAAUGCUGACCUAUCAGUCUGGAUUUUCUGGGGAAAUAAUCAAACUUUAGAUAUAAAUCGUAAAUUUGUAGCAAAUAAGACAUUUUAUGACGAACCAUUAAUCAUGGAUUUCAAUGGUGAUUUAAUUCCUGACAUCUUUGGAGUUACCAGUGAAUCCAAAAGGCCAGAAAUACUGAUUGGCAGGAAUUUAACAUGGCACCCAAUGCUGGAUGCAGAAAAUGCAAUGUUCAAGCCUCAUUCCCAUGCAUUCAUCGAUAUGAAUCACGAUUUCACUGCAGAUUUGUUCCUGACAACGUUGUCAAAAUCUGGACAACCUCAGUUUGAGAUAUGGGUGAAUCAGGAUGGGGAUUUUGCCAAGCCUCAUUACAUAAAGGAAAAACCGAAGGAUGCUGUUGUUAUAGGACAAUCAGUAUUUGCUGAUUUUGAUGGUGACGGGCAGACUGAACACUUGCUGCCAGCUUGUGCAGAUGCAGCUUGUCAAAAAAGUGUCAUCUACCUAUCUAAACCGGGACUGGAUGAGUGGUUUCCAGUGUUGGAGAAUUUCUCGGACGGCGUAAAUGUAUGGGGUUUUGUGUCACAUACCAAUGAUCCAACCGCAGAUGAAAUUUCCUUUCCAAUCACUCUUCAUAUUGGAGAUUAUAACAUGGAUGGUUUUCCGGACGCCCUCGCUAUACUGAGAAACACAUCAGGAAGCAACCAACAGGCUUUCCUAUUGGAGAAUGAAGAAUGUAGGAAUACAAGCUGCAAGGGUGCACGCCGGGCGUUUAAGGUUCACUGGGCGCUGUCCGAUCUAAAUCAAAUCAAGGAUGCCGUGGUGGCCACUUUCUUUGAUAUUUACGAAGACGGAAUCUUGGAUAUAAUUGUCCUCAGCAAGAAUUCUCCUAAAAAAGAGCUUGCAAUCCACGCAUUAAAAAAUAACUUUGAAGCAGAUGCCUACUUUGUUAAAGUCAUUGUUCUCAGUGGCCUUUGCUCAAAUGACUGUCCUCGCAAGAUAACACCCUUUGGUGUGAAUCAGCCAGGACCUUAUAUUAGAUAUACAACUGUAGAUGCAAAUGGACACUUGAAAAAUGGUUCAGCUGGACAGCUGAGUCAGUCUGCACACUUCGCCCUGCAGCUUCCAUAUACUGUUUUAGGUCUGGGUCGAAGCGCUAAUUUUCUUGAUCGUUUAUUCGUCGGCAUCCCUCGUCCCUUGGGGGAAAAGGCUAUCAGAAAACAAGAAUGGACCGCUAUCAUCCCGAAUUCCCAGCUUAUUGUCAUUCCAUUUCCUCAUCAUCUUCCUCGAAGCUGGAGUGCGAAGCUGUACCUGACCCCCAGUAACAUUGUACUGCUAACAGCAAUUGCCUUAAUUGGAGUCUGUGUCUUCAUUUUAGCCAUAAUUGGCAUACUGCACUGGCAGGAGAAGAAAGCAGACGAUCGCGAGAAAAGGCAAGAAGCUCACCGAUUCCAUUUUGAUGCUAUGUGAUCAACCUUGAUAUCGUGAUGAAGGAACUAACAUUAAGAUCCAAAUUAACCUACCAAAUCAUAUACAGACUGAGGGAAGCAUUUUGCUGUGGUGUUUGUAAAUCUGGAAAUGUUGUUGUUUUUUAAUUUAUUUGUAAAGCGAUUAGCAUUAAGCCCUUUUCAGAGGAUUGAUUGUAUAUAUUCGCCACUAUCUUUUACUGUAUUUAACAAAUUCCACUCUACCGGUAGAUCGUAUUGCAUGCAUUCCAUAUUCUCACUUUCUUUCCUUAUAACUGUCUUUCCUGAAAAGUCAGUCCUACAUAAAUUGAAGUUUCAGAGAGAGAGAAAAAAAAAACCCACCCAACCCUUGUGCCACUUGAAUAAGUCUGAUCGUCAUUUAUCUCUUUCCAAAAUAUGACUUCCGUGUUUAUAAUUUAAUCCUCCAGCAAACUGUUAAGAUUGUUCUGAUUGUACUCAAAAGAUAUUUUACUUGAAACGCUUAGGAUUGUUUGUCUUAAUCUUUGUAUCCAAUCAAGUGCGAAGAAAAGCUUAAUGUCAGAAGAUUAAAACACCCUAGUAAUAUUGGAGUAAAGACUGAUUGCAGAUCAGAAACAAAUAAACAUAAUGCACUCUACAUUUUGAAAUUAUGCCAUCUUAAAAUCAUCUGCAGGAUACACCCCUUACUAAUAGUUAUCAUGCAAUUAUCCUAAAUUUUAAUCAUGAAAGCAGCUGAUAUGUAAAAAUUAAAAAAAUAUGUUCUUGGGGAAAGGAUCGGAGGACACUCCUCCAAAGGAAAAAAUGUGUCUUUCUACAGCCUCUUAUAAAUUAAGGGCUGGAAAUGCACUGUAUUAUGAUUGCCCUGUAAUUUUCUUGUUGCAUACCAAACCAUGUCUAUGAGGAAAGAGAAUCCCAUUGUUUUCCAAAAAAAAAUUAGGCUUCGGCUAUUUGAUUAAGAAAGCUAUUGGAAGUGCUCUUUAUGUAAUGCCGUUGUUGCUUUACUCCUUACGUUUGGUUUAUGGUUUUAACAUUCUUGGCCUGUAUUCCUAAUAAACAAUGUCCAUUAUGUUAA